UUAAGUUGCCCUUACUCUGGAUGACGUCAGGGUGAUGCCCUGGAGAGUUUCUAACAGUCUAAUUAGACCAGACAGCUCCACAUACACCGGCGGCUCUGGGGUGUUACCACGGUGACCGCUAACCCUGCUCAGAGCCAGGGCAGACCAGGGCUGCUGGGGGAUCCCUUCCCUUUGGGGUAGGCCAGGCAGCAACGAGGGUUGUUAGCUCCUGCGGGGCCAUUACUGCCUGCCACUCCCUCGCCCUCCAACUCCUUCUUUCUCCUGUUCCCAGGCCCAGCGACAUGACGGGGAAGGUUCCCUCGUGCUCCCGCCGCUCCUCGGAGAGCCCCUCUCUGCCCGGCUACCUCGUGCUCUGCCUCGCUCUGCAGGCUCCCAGGCUGGGGUCAGCACAGUUCAGAGUGACGGGACCUGACCGCCCAGUCACUGCCCCCCUAGGUGGGGAGGCCGUCCUGCCCUGCCACCUCUUCCCCCGGAUGAGCGCUGAGAACAUGGAGGUGAGAUGGUACCGGUCCCUGUUCUCUGCAGUCGUGCACCUGUACCGCGACGGGCAGGAUCAGUACGGGGAUCAGAUCCCGGAAUAUCGGGGAAGGACUGAGCUCUUGAAAGACGACAUGGCCAGUGGGAGAGUUUCCCUCAGGAUACGCGACGUCCGACCCUCCGACGAUGGGAAGUACAAUUGUCUUUUUGAGUCCCAGGUCUUUUUUGAGGAAGCAUUAUUGGAACUACAGGUGGCAGGUCUGGGCUCUGCUCCUGACAUCUCUGUGGAGGGACGUCAGGACGGAGGGAUCCGGGUGGUGUGUCGAUCAUCCGGAUGGUACCCAGAGCCCCAGGUGCUGUGGAGAGAUCUCCAGGGACAGCCCUUACCCACAGCCUCUGAAAAAAUAACUCCGGAGGCCGGCGGCCUGUUUCGAGCAGAGAUUGCCAUGGUUAUAACAGAAGAGUCCAACCAGAAAGUGUCCUGCUGUGUUAGGAACCCCCGAGUCAACCAGGAGAGAGAGUCGGCGAUUUUCAUAACAGAUCUCUUUUACCCGUGGUUCUCCCCCUGGAUGCUGGCUCUGGGCGGGAUCCUGGGUGUGAUGCUGGGUGUUCUCAUUGCCUUGGCCUUCUGGUCCAGGAGGCAACACAGGCUGAAAGCGGCACAUCAGGCAGAGAAAGACAAACUCCAGGCAGAGCUCAGGUGGAGACGCGCCCAGCUCUGUGCAGUGGACGUGACUCUGGACCCAGACACGGCUCACGCCAACCUCGUCCUGUCUGCGGAUGGGAAAACGGUGACCUACGAGGACCGACAACAGGAUCGACCCGACAAUCCCGAGAGAUUCCGUACCUAUCCCGUCGUCCUGGGCGCAAGCGCCUUCACAGGCGGGAGGUUCUACUGGGAGGUGGAGAUGGGAGACAAAACAAAUUGGACCGUGGGGGUCUGCAGGGAACCUGUGAUCAGGACGGGGAAGGUCAAACUCACCCCUGGGAAUGGAUACUGGACAGUGUGGCUGAGGAAUGGGAAAUAUGAGGCCUGCACCUUUCCCCCGACCCCUUUGGACCUGGGUGUCAGGCCCAGGCGGGUGGGGAUUUUCCUGGACUACGAGGCGGGCGAGGUCUCAUUUUACAGUGUGACUGGCGGGUCCCAUCUCUUCACUUUCACUGACACCUUCUCCGGGACGCUCCGCCCUUAUUUCUAUAUUGGUUACAAAGAGGAGGGUAAAAACGCAGCUCCCCUCGUAAUCUGUCCGGUCCCAGGUCAGGCUGGAGAGCAUCACGGUCCCUGACAGUGACACCUGCAUCAGAGAUGGUCCCGUCCAAGUGCAGGCCAGGGGGUUGACAGGAAGGUAAGAACUGGC